AUGAACCGCCUUGCGCAGCCAGCCACCCGCACGGUCAUCAAGACUUUCCAGCGUAAGUCGUCCGGAUCGUUCUACGGAUCCAACAACGUCGACGGAUUCAAGGAGUCCUACACCACCCCACUGAAGCAAUCCCAGAGUAAGUAGAGACUAUUAUUUUCUAAAAACAUGCAUAUUUUUACUGAUUUCAGACACUAGUGAGACGUGGAAGAAGAUCUUCUUCAUCGCUUCGAUCCCAUGCCUGGCUCUCACCAUGUAUGCCGCUUUCACCGACCACAAGAAGCACAUGUAAGAAUUUUUCAGUAUUCCAGAACAAUUCAUUGUUUUCAGGAGCCACGAUCGUCCGGAGCACAUCGAGUAUUCCUUCUUGAACGUCCGUAACAAGGUGAGUUCCCCCAAAUGCAUUUCGAAUUAAACGGAAGUGGAGUUGUGUUUGUUUAUAACAAACUACCAGACGAGCAAAGCUCCGAGAUUCCAAUUCGCCCAAAAAUAAUUGCGGAUCCAAUUUCAGCCAUUCCCAUGGGGAGACGGCAACCACUCGUUGUUCCACAACAAGUCCGAGCAGUUCGUGCCAGGAGUUGGAUUCGAGGCCGAGCGCGAGAAGCACUAA